AUGUUCAUCCUGAUCACAUUGGUGUUCUUCUUCACUUACCCAUCAAGUGAAGCGUUGAUUAAAAAUAACGUGCCAUUUGACUGGCCACCGCCGUCAUCAAGUGUGGAAGGAAAAUUCAAGAAAGCUGCCGUCACAACCGAUCAUCAAAUCUGCUCAGAAAUUGGAGGCAAUAUUCUGAAACGUGGCGGGAACGCUGUUGAUGCCGCAGUGGCUGUGAUGUUUUGUUUAGGAGUGACAAAUCCUCAGUCAAGUGGACUGGGCGGUGGCUUUCUAAUGACGCUGUACAACAAAACCACUGGAAAAUGUAUUGCUAUUAACGCGAGAGAGACCGCUCCAGCUGCUGCACAUCGGGACAUGUUCCGACAGGAUGCCACUGGAUCGAAGAUCGGCUUCAGAGCAGUAGCGACGCCAGGAGAAUUGGCUGGGUACUGGUUGGCAUUUUCACAGUAUGGUUCUGGCCGUGUCUCUUGGAAAGACCUUAUUCUACCGUCAGUUCAACUUUGUCGAGAAGGAGUUCCAGUAUCGGUUUUUCUCGAUUAUGUCAUGAAAGUGAAAGAAGCUCAUUUCCGCGAAUCUCCCACCAUGAAGUCAUGGAUCAAUCCGUUUACAAACUCAACCUACAAAGCUGGCGAUUUACUACGUCGAUCCAAACUGGCCAAAACACUGGAAAUGAUUGCGAAGUCGGAGGACCCGAUAAGACUGUUUUACAGGGGCAAAAUGGCUGACACAAUUGCCAAGGAGAUGGCAGAAGGAGGUGGUCUUAUCACUAAGGAGGAUCUGGCUACGUACGAACCAGUAGUUUACGAAGCAAUGGAGCACGUUCAUUUCCGCGGCGAUCUUGCCAUGUGUGGCGGACCACCGCCAUCGUCGUUCUCCGUCACUCAGCUCAUCGUCUCAGUGAUGUCUGGCCUUUAUCCGGUAGGACACGAAGCUGACAUUCUUAGCGAUCCAAAGGUUAUUCACCACUUCAUCGAAUCCAUGAAGUUCGCCUAUGCCCAACGAACACUUCUUGGAGAUGUGGCAUUUGUGCCUUCGGCUUAUUCACUAGCAAAGAAUUUGACUACGAAUGAUUACACCAAUUGGGUGCUGAGGCGUAUGAGAAACGUAGCACAGCCGUCGGCUUACUAUGGAGGAAACAUUUACUCACAGGUUCCGGACCAUGGAACGUCACAUGUUUCAGUGCUUGAUGAAUAUGGCAAUGGAGUCUCCGCAACCUCAACAAUCAAUCGAUGGUUCGGAGCCACGGUCGAAUCAGGAACCUAUGGAAUCAUCUGGAAUGAUGAGAUGGAUGACUUCUCGACCCCUGGCAUGGCGAAUGGGUUCGGAUUCGCUCCUUCGGAAACGAACUUCAUUGAACCAGGAAAGCGACCGAUGAGCAGCAUGUGUCCGAUGGUCAUAUUUGACAGAAAAACAAGAGAUGUCAUCGGCGCUUCUGGUGGAGCGAAAAUCAUUUCCUCAGUGGCAAAGGCGAUCGUUCGAUCGUUGAUUUUUGGCGAAAGCAUCAAACAAGCCGUCGAUUCACCAUUGCUUCAUAAUCAGUUUACACCCGAUAUCACACAAAUCGAUGACUCUUUUCCAAAGGAACUGAAGAAAAUUCUGAUGACGGAAUUCGGUCAAAAGUUCCGUAACACAAGCGGGUUCGAGGGAAUCGUGCAAGGAAUAACUGUUGAUUCCGAUGGAAUCCACGCAUGUGGUGAUUUUAGGCGAAAGACCAAUCAGAAGCCUUCAGGUUAUUAA